AUGCCUCCAGAUAAUGCCUCCACGAAGGGUGGGGGUAUGAUGUCGCUCUAUGCCAACCUGCUAGGACCUGAUGCUGACGCCUCUGCGACCCCGGGAACUAUUUCUCGCGCUCCCGUCGUCUUCAAGCAAGGCGAGAACGACGCGCAAUCCGAUGAGUCUGCUGCCAAGAAACAGCAACUCAAUCCUGUCACUCACCUUCGUUACCCUCCGACAGCUUCUCUUCGAUUCCAGCCUACCAAGCGGCCACAACUUGCAGCGCAAAAGACCAAACCCAAACCCGCUUUACCCAAGGCCAUCCAACCCAACGCAAGCCAACCUUCUGCGCCUGCCUCUGCUUCGGCACCUAUAAAAUCGACUUUGGCUGACUGGGCCGCCGAGGAUGAUGAUUACGGGUAUGUGGGCGAGAAGCGACAGCGCGGCGGAAGGAAGAAGCGCAAGAAGAACCAUGAGCCGCACGAAAUUCCACAAAACUGGGACGACAUCUAUGACCCGUCACGGCCAAAUAACUACGAAGAGUACCGACAUAGUGAUGAGAAGAUCCUCGAAGUUCGCGAAUGGAAGGACCGCCUUUACGCACACCGGAUGAGACGCUCGCCCAGUAGGGACUCGGAUAGUGAUGACUAUGACCGGCCCAUGAACCGCCAAUUUGCACCCCCAGGCAGCUUCGCUCCUCCGCCGAACCUCAACGAUGUAUCCCCACCUCCGGCGCCUGGACCCGACUCGUCUGGCGAGGAUGCCUUUUCUCGCCGUGCACGCAUGAGCCAACGCGAAAAUAACGAUACAGAUAUGCCCGACAUUACCUCAGUACCACCCCCUCCACCCAAUGAACCCCCUGCUCCGCCUUCAAUUCCCAUUGGCGACGAUGUAUAUGAGCGUCGCUUUCAGCAAACCAACCAACCUCCUCCACCGGACCAGAUCCCACCACCACCUCCUCCUCCUCCUCCUUCUCGCCUCGAUGCAUUUCAACCUAGCUCCGCAACCAUUUCCCGCGCGCCUGUCCGCUAUACUCUUCCUCCCCCUCCGCCAGAUAUCCCUGCGUCAGAAGCAGAGCUGGAGGAAGUUCUUGCCAAGGAACAACCCGCAGAUGCGCAAACCGAAAACGAUGGAGAAGAUUCCAACGAUGCGCCCCGCUCCCUUCGUCCUGGUCAGAAGGGCUUUGCAGAACGUCUACUCUCGAAAUAUGGCUGGACCAAGGGAUCUGGACUUGGUGCUACGGGCUCAGGUAUCGCGAAACCAUUGCAGGUCAAGGUUGAGAAACGCAAGAAACGCCCUGAUGCUGAAGGGGGAGGCUUUGUUACUCCUGGUGGACGGGGAACCAUCAUCGGGGGUAAGAGGAAGGGUGAAGAUACAGGCAAGUUUGGACCUAUGAGCGAAGUGAUUAUUCUUCGGGGCAUGCUGGAUGGUAUGGAUCUUGAGGCCGAGUUGGAGAGUGGAGAUUUGAUGCAAGAUAUUGGCGAAGAGUGUAACGAGAAGUACGGGAGUGUGGAAAGAGUGUAUAUUGCUCGUGAUGCAGGCAUGCCAAUUCCCGUGUUUGUGAAAUUUACGAGUCCUUUGUCUGCUCUGCGGGCGGUAAAUGCUCUUGAAGGACGCAUCUUCAAUGGAAAUGCCAUCACGGCGCGAUUCUUCAAUACUGAAAAGUUUGAAGAGGGAGUUUAUGUGGAGUAA